GCGUGCAGUGGUACAGUCGCCGAGCAGUGUCGGUUGCUAAGGAACCACUGAAAGCAGGCGGCCCAAAGAUGAGGACGAUGGUCCAAUGAGAGAGGUGGUCGGUCAGGAUGGUUGAGGUGUGGCGGGGACACCACAUACCACGCCAGAAUUCUGACGACUAAAAUUUUCUUCAUCACCCUCGGCGUGUCCACAUGCGUCUCCUCGUACCUACGUCAUGGUGACACUUAUCACAGAGCAGCUCCGCAAGCAGAGUUUAGAGGAACCAUAUCACAAAGCUUUCUCUUUCAAUGCCAGUGUGUCACUACCUGCAGUGGGCUCCAGUCCUACCAUUUCGUGGAGUGCUUGUAAAACCGAACAAGAGACCAGCUCCACUACACACUUGUCAUCCAAGGCACAUGCUUCGGCUGACUCCUGUGAGCUUGACUCCYCGUGGGCUGGAGAACCAGUCCAGGGGCUGGCGGUGGCCUUCACCAACAAAGCUUUCCAAAGUUCGCCCCCGCCACCUCCUAAACGCCACUGCCGUUCCCUCUCCGUUCCCGAGGAUCUGUCCCAGUGUCGCUCAACGUGGCACCCGAGCGCGUCCAAAGUCUGGGUUCCGGUCAAACGUGGCUGCCACAGUAGAGGAGCGUCUAGUUCUGGGUCCGGAGCCAGUUUUUUGCCACUUUGUGGUCCCAGUUCUUCCUUCACUUCCUCCUCUUUACACUCAUCUUCUAGCCCAAACUUUUUUAGCUUAGCGUUAUCCUCUGACUCCGCUUUAUCGUGGGGCUUUCCGUGGGACCCGUGUGACACACUAAAAGGAGCUUGUUCUGCCCCGUUUGCUACACAUUCCUCUUGCUCAUCUUCACCAGCCCCMCUGGUUUCUCACUCGGUCCUGCAGCGUCGCUUCUCCCUUUCUCCCGUGCACGUUCAGCACCCCUCAGUGGCCUUUUUGCACCCCCAGCCCUCGCCUACUUCGGCUCCCACAUACGGCUUAGAACACCCAGCCUUGUCGCCCUCUUCCACCUCAGCCUGCAGCACGCCGUCCUCCUGUCGGCGCGACCCGCACCCCRCACUGCCACGAUGCCACUCGCAGCCCUGCGACAUGAGGAGGCCACGUUUGAAGAGGCGCCACGACCCAGACGUCCUGCCCUGCCCCAGACCAGGGCUGGACUUUAGCAAGAUGACACAGAUCGGUACUUUCGAGAGCCUGAUGUGUGGAACCAGCGACUGCGUUUUUCCAAGAUCCUCCCAAUCAGAGCACCGCUUCACUUUCUCCCCCGCUGAAAUCCUGGGGCGAAGCAGCAUCGGCCCUCUAAGCGAAAGCGAAGAAGAGGAAGAGGAGGAAAGAAAGCGAACUGUGUURAAUUUUGGGAAAACUAUAUUCGAAAGAGAUUGCACAGAACUGGACCUGAGCCUUAUAGAAGAAAACUGACCACUCUCUUGUCCUUGUUGGCGUGAGCUACUGCAUUCGGACCUGUUUAAAGCACACUCGUAGGCUUUACGCUAACUUCUGGCAGAGCCUUUGGGAACAAUCAGCCCUCGUCUGGCACAUGUCCAAAGCUUAUCAUAAAGCGAGCAGGAUCUAACUUUCAUUCCACUGCUGUGAUUUGAACACUUUAGUUAGCUCGCUGUUGAAAUUUUCACACAGAAAAAAAAAAAAUCAGUGCCUGCCUGUUCAGCCCCUCAAUGGGUUAUGCACAUGAGCAAAUAAGCAACUCUGUGCAUAGACUUUAGGAUWAUCUUAUAUUAAGUCUUAAUUUAACCGUUGACAUGCAUCUUAAUAGUUUUACAUGUCCUUAUGAAACAUUACACAUGUGAGUUAUUUACAUGAUGCACGUUAAAAUCUAGUAGUUAAAUUGGCUUGAGUUGCCAUGCUGCAAUAGACUGCUUUAAAAUUACAAUCUCUUAAUUUGAUCUUAAUUACAGUAAAUGUGAGCUGUUUUGAUGUUUCCAUGUGUAGAUCCAAACACUAAAGUAACCCAAAAGAUAACAGAAAAUCUACAUAAACACUCUCCUGUACUUUAAACAGGAUACAUUCCAACAUAGUUCUUCAGAUUCCUCCACCUACGAUGCACACGUACAGCUUGUCUCUGUGGGAUAAUGCUGUGUUGAAAGGGAAGUUUUGAUUGUAUUUGCAAAAUGAAGAUUGUCAUUUCCCCCCUGUUUAUAGAUCCUUGUACUUUGCUUUGACAUAAACAUAUUAGCGGCAGUAAUACUGAUGAUACUGUUAUAACUUACCAUGCCUUAAGACUAAAACACAAGAGUUUUUGGUGCUCUGGUUAUUUCCCCAGCCAGACGCUUUUUUAGACUCUGUUUCCAAAAUGGCUGAAUGUGUCAAACAUGCACUACUGAAAAAGAUUAAAUAAAAAUAAAGAAAGAAA